UCCGUCAGAAUGUGUGUCCGGCAACGCCUGUCCUGGAUUAUGAUUCUGAUUGUAUUGGGGCUCUACAGCAACACAGUGGCUGUUCAGAGGAGGACAAAUGUCAGUUUAAUGAACGAUAACCCUGAAAAUAGAGUGUUAAGAUUGAUCAUUCAAGCCUAUACAGACAACCUCCUCAAUGACCUUCAACGGCACCCAACCAGUCAGUUAACUUCAACACAAGUGGCGCUAUUGAAGGAACGUUUGGAUGAUCUUCACGAACACAUAGCUGAACAUCCAGCACUUCUUCAGAGCAGACUGUGGGUGGGCAAGCAGAAACCGACGUUUAUUCCCAACAUCAGCCAUUUUAGACACAUUGAAAAUGGGUUUGAUCGCUCGGAAAUGGGAAACUCGGGGAACAGAAAGAUGAAAAGGGGGUCCACUUAUCCCUCUGAGGAAAUCUGCAGUACGGAGACCAACUGGUUACAAGUUAACAUUACCACUGACCUUUAUAACAAGCCUGUGGAGGUAAUUCAACAAGAAGACCUUGGUCAAUAUGUUUUUUCCUUCACGUGCACGACAGUACAUGGACCUUGUCGUGGAAUAUCGCCUCUGUACGAGAGUGAAUGUACUGAAAGGCUUGGUUGGGUGUACAUGUAUCAUCGACGUCAAGAUUCUCCAGAAAAAAGAGCUCAAUGGGGACCCGUGGCUGUUCCUAAUCACUGCGCGUGUAAAAUAACCCCUCGAUUUUUUCCUGAAAUGUGAAUCCGUAUUACUACAGGACAACACCUUAUGAUCUUCAUUAAAUCAUGGGUGUUGUAGUCACUCUACUUUUGUUCUCUCCGCUCAGGUCCCUGAUGUCUAUUUAAAAAUUAUAACCACCAGAAAAAAAAGCUCAUAAAUUUCUUAUACAGACUAACAUUGUGUGUAAAAGAUAUAUGUUGUUUUUGUUUUGUAAAAUUAUUAUUUAAUUUGAAAUCUUAUUGAAUAUCUUCACUAUAAUAGCCUGUAAACUCCUGAUUAAUACCUACCUCUUUAAAAAAAACUGUUUGCAGCUUUCUCAUAAAUGUAUUUGUUUAGUUCAAUACGUAGUGCGAAAUAUUGUCUAUAGAUGGCAGAACAUUGUACUAAUGUUUUGAAAUAGUAAUAGUAUAUUAAUAGAAAUAGUUUGAAAAAUAAUAAAUGCGUUGUAAGCAAUGGAGUAAAUAUAUUGUGAGUACUA